AUGCAUUUAAGAUUAGUAGUAUUUUGUUCUUUGCUGUACUUUGCAAAUAAAGGGGUAAUUUCAUCCCCUAUAACGGGAUCACAGUUUGAGGAAGAUGACCUAAUAGUGGAAUUGGAUAAUUUAGGUAAAAUCCGUGGACAUAUUCUUAAAAGUACCGAAGGAAAAGAUUUCUAUGCUUUUCAAGAUGUUCCCUAUGGGGAAUCUACAGAAGGAAAUAACAGAUUUAGACCCCCCAAACCUCGUACUCCAUGGGAAGGAAUAUUGAAUGCAACAGAAAACAAAGUAGUUUGUCCACAGUCAUCCAGCCCAGAUUCAGUUGAAGACUGCUUGGUUUUAAAUGUAUAUACACCAGUGAAACCCAGUUCCGGCGAAUCAUUACCAGUAUUCUUUUUUAUUCCUGGAGGAGCAUUCGUCCGUGGAAGUGGCCAAAUAUCAUCUGCGAAUCCAAAGUCUUUGGUUGAUUUUGAUAUCAUAAUCGUAACAAUAAACUAUCGACUAGGGUCAUUUGGAUUUCUAACAACACUCGAUGAAAAUAUUCCCGGUAAUUUAGGACUAAAAGACCAACUUUUGGCCCUUAAAUGGACGCAUGAUCAUAUUCAUCAAUUUGGAGGCGAUCCUGACAAAAUAACAGUAGGUGGAGGAAGUGCUGGAAGUAUGUCUGCUGGAUUCCAUUUGCUCAGUAGAUCUGCUAAAGGAUUAUUCAGGGGCAUUAUUCAACAAAGUGGCUCAUCAUUAUCCACUGUCUUGUAUCCAUCAAACGACAGAGAAUUGGCAUUUGAAUUUGGAAAAGCCUUAAACAGUUCAUUUACGUCAACCGACUCAAAAGAUUUGUUAGAACUAUUACAACAAGCCGAUUAUUCAGAUUUAGUAGCUCUCAACAGCAAGUUCACUUCUGGAGCAACAGCUGGUUUCAUGAGUGCCUUCACUUUUAAACCUGUUAUCGAGGAUGACAACGAAGAUGCCUUUGUUACCGAACCAAUGCAUGCGGCUUUAUUGGACGGUCAUUUUAAUUUAGUACCUGUUCUUAUCGGCUUCAAUUCUGAAGAAUCUUUGGCUUUUCUAGGACAAAUUGGAGAACAAACUAUACAAGAAAGGGCCAUAUUACUUGAUGAAAAUCCAGCAAAUGUUGUAUCACGAUCCCUUAAUGUAGCUGAAGAAGACAGAGAAAAUGUUGGUAAACAGUUAAAAGCAUUAUAUACUUCUUCUUUUACUGAUGAUAGAAAAGCAUUGAUAACGUUUACUAGUGACGAAGUUUUUGGACGAUCAACAAUACGUCAAGCUGAAAGUGCCUCUAAGUAUGUACCAGUAUAUCUAUAUGAGCUAACUUGGUUACCAGAGAAUAGCACUCAACAAGGAGUCCCACAUGGAGGAGAAGUGCCGUAUUUAUGGGCUGGAGCUCCUCGUAGAGAAGUUAAUGAAAAUCUUCGAAAAGCUAUAUUAAAGUGGUGGACUAAUUUUAUUAAAUACCAAAACCCCACUCCCGAUGUCGAUGAAGAUCUUCAAAACGGCAUUUGGUCAGAAGUAAAACCCGACGCUGUUAAGUAUUUAGAAAUAGAUUCGCAAUUCACAGUGAAGGAAAAUCCCAAAAACUAUUACAGUAUUAAAAAUCUGUUAGAUCUGUACAUACGUCCACCCUAUAUAACUUAUUAA